AUGGAUUCUCAACCUAUCAUUCGUGAUCUUGUCUUAGCUAAUAUUAUUCCACCAUCAACAUCAACAGGAACAUGUGUUCAAUUAGUUGAAAGUAAUAAACAACCAUUUGGUCAUACAAUAAUUAAUACACGAAAUGAUUCUAUAUCUGAUCCUCAUGAUCUUGUUAAUUUAGCUAAACAAAUUGAAACAUGUGAUGCAUUUAUUCGUGCUAAUGUUUCAAAUCGUUUACAAGUUAUUGUUAAUCAAGUUAAUUUUUUACGUCAAGAAGCACAACGUAUUUUAGUUAAAGCAAAACGUGAUGAUGAAUUAAAUCAUUCAGCAUGUAAUUUAGUUCGACGACCUGGACAAAUAUAUUAUUAUUAUCAAAGACAAAAUGGACAAAAAUAUUUAUCAAUUAUGCAUCCACAAGAUUGGUUAACAACAAUUAAAAAUAAUGGUUGUCCACAUCAUUUUUUAGGUGCAUAUAAAUUAGAAUAUGAUAAUUCAUGGACACGAGAAGCAACAGAUUUUGAUGAUGGAUUAGAUGAUCCAUUAGAUGAAUUAAAACAAAAAAUGAAUGAUACACAACAAAAUCGAAAAAUGAUUGAAUUUUUAAUUAAAUCAUAA